UUUGUUGCUUGAGAGCUGGGUUUCCACCUGUGCUGCAUGGUUGGUGUUUCCCCGGUGAACAGGGGGCGGGGACAGCAGCCGGUCUCCAUAAAAAUAUUAAAAAAAUCAGAAAUUGGAUCAAAUGUAUUCCAACUUUCAUUAUAAUUUAGGAUCUUCCACCUUUAAAAGUAGCUGCAGAAAUAAUAAAUCUGAGGGGUUCAAGCUGAUUCUCAAAAGAGGGAUUAAAGGGUGAAGCCCUGAGGGUGAUGACCUCCUGGGGUGGAGACCUUGGCUCAAAGCUAUAAAACGGUCGGCUACCUGCCGGACAUUUUCUACAGACGAGGAAACGAGGCUGGAUCUCACCAGAAGGUCGCCCGGUCACCAUCCAGCAUGAAGCCCGUCGCCUUGGAGCUGCUGCUGCUCACUCUGCUGGGAUGUAGGAUGUGCUGGAUGCAGGAGUCCUUGACAAAGGUGUCAAACAGCAGCAUGACUGCUUACAACAACACUCCUGCCUGCACCACCAAUUUCACAGCCGCCAACCAAAACAGCACCACAGCUGUCAGCUGUGAUUUCAGCAGCAACAGCAGCAGCAGCAAUGGCACCAGCAAUAUGACUAACACCAGUGGUGGUGGAGGUAGCAGCAGUGGUGGAAACACCGGCAACGGAGGUGGUACAAGUGGUGGAGGAAGCACCAAUGGAGGAGGUACCAGUACAGGCGGCAGUGGCACCAGCAGCGGAGGAGGCAGCAGCAGCGGAGGAGGGACCAGCAGCGGAGGAGGCACGAGCAGCGGCGGCAGUGGUACUAGCACUAGUAACAAUAAUGGAGGCGCCAACAACGGAGGGCCCAGCGGCCGCGGAAGUACCAGCAGUGAUAUCCUCUCCAAAAGUCUUUUUCUCGGCUUUAUUCUUCUCAAGGUCAUUUGAAAGUCAAGCAAAGCCAAAACCGCUGAUCGCCAAGCACCUUGGCAGAAUAUACUAACAUAUACGCUAUGUGAUGGGAUUUUCACCACUCUAAAGUAAAGCUAAACUUUUAUUACACGAAGAACGCUAAUGUCUAAAACGCACUUUUCACUGGAAAAAUUUAACUUAGUUAACAGAUCGACUGUUAAACAAUCAGAGUUAUGACAUUUUUAAAAUUAACAAAUGUUUGUAAAAAUCAUUUAAUGGAAAUCUAAUUGUCAAUAGAUUGUGAAUUUGUAAAAAAAACAAUGGACGACAACAUAUGUUUGUUACCAAUUUAGAAUUUAAAGAUUUUCAGAAUUAAAAAAUGCAUAGAUAUAUUUAGAAUGUGGUUUAGAUCUAAGAAUUAUUUUUCAAAAAAGUAGAUGUUUAAGUUUUCCAAAUGACUACUAUAUUUGGUUUUUGUGAUAAAUAUGCAAUGGUUCUAUUAGUUUUGUGAAUGAGACAUGCCAGAAAAUGUAUAAGAUGCAUAUUUAAUAAUAAAUUGUGUUUGUUG